AACUAGAGUACCGUUCAAUUUCCUUGUUUUACUUUUUUGACAGUGAAAAACAUCUGUUUUUUGAAUUCACAUCGUGUAUUUUCAUUCUGUGUGCAAUGCGUCGAAGAGGGGUAGGCCUUGCAGCCAUCCAGAAGAAGGAUCUUGCACAGACCAAGUUCAAGGAUAAGGGAACGGCAAUUGCGGAGGAUCAGCUCGUUCAGAUGUCUAAACAAAUGGAAGCAUUUCAAGGAAACCUUGAAGAAUUUGCCGGCAAACAUAAAGAUGAGAUAAAGAAGAAUCCUGCCUUCAGAGUCCAGUUUCAGGAGAUGUGUGCAUCGAUUGGAGUUGAUCCUCUUGCUUCCAGCAAAGGUUUCUGGUCCGAGAUGCUUGGUGUUGGUGAUUUCUACUAUGAACUUGGUGUUCAAAUUAUAGAAGUGUGCCUUGCAACAAGUCAUAGGAAUGGAGGUUUGAUGGAUCUUGAAGAACUAAAGACAAGACUUCUCAAAUCGAGAGGCAAGAAAGCACAAGAAAUCACAUUAGAUGACCUGUUAAGAGCAAUCAAGAAACUAAAAAUCUUAGGCAAUGGUUUUACAGUAGUUAAUCUUGGGACCCACUACAUGGUGCAAUCAAUCCCUGGGGAGCUGACAAUGGACCAUACACAAGUCUUACAGUUGGCUGAGGAAUCUGGUUUUGUUACUAUUUCAAGCCUGAAAAGUAAAUGGAAAUGGGAGGAAGAGAGGGCACAUCGAGCUGUGGAUCACAUGGUAAAAGAAGGUUUAGCUUGGGUAGAUGACCAAGUAAAAGGAGAGAGACAAUACUGGUUCCCGACUUUCUUCCCGGAUGUUGCAGCAUGAGCUUGAACUUUUGAUACUUGAUAAGUGGUCACAAAUGGGACAUUUUGUUUGUUAUUACAGAUUCAUUGAGCACAAAUGGAUCAAUUAUUUCAUUUGCAAUUCAAAAUAAAUAUGUGACACCAGACGGUUCAAUGACAUCAUCUCAGUUGUUUAAUUGCCAGUCAUUCCUGUCAUUAAAAUGACUGUAGUUUAGAGUAAUGUGAGAUAUCCGUUGAUUGUAAAUAUUGUAUUUGUAAAUAAAUGUUAGUAUACUACCGGUACGUUAAA